CCGGCACUAGUUCCUGCAUUCUGUGGCCCGACUCAGUAAUUGGCCGGCUCAUAACUCUUUCAACGCCUUUAGGGGUCUACGCAACGGCCGCUAUACAUAACGGUCCGCUCACCGGACUCUCCUUGGUUUGGUUCCCGCUUGGCCGCCAAUCCUUCCUUUUCUCUUUUAGAACAAGCUCCCAGCUUAGAGUUCUGUGUUCCCUUCCAUUCGUUGCCGUAGUUUACGCCCACGUCCAUCGCACGCCAGGCUCGUUGCAGGCCAUCAUACACGACAAAGGGUCGACUAGCGAGCGAGCCGAAGCUACAACACCCAGUUCUUCCGGCUGAUUUUCCGCUACAAAGUUGUUCUUUGCAGAUACCGACAGGGACCAUCACAAUCGAUGAAAGUUUCCGACACCUUGGCCGCGUCUUUGAUCCAAGUAUCCUCCGUCAACAGGCGCCAUGGCCACUGAGUCACAGGGGCCGACCGUGACUGCGGUGGCUAUUGCUUUUACCGUCAUUACGGUGGUUGCAGUAUCGCUCAGAGUCUGGGCUCGCAUCUUCCUUGUCAAGUCUUUCGGCACAGACGAUGCUUUAAUCUGCAUAGCUGCUACACUGGCGACUGCCUUCACGGUCGUGUCAAUUCUUGCGGUUGGCCGUGGCUUGGGCGACCACAUUGAGGAGGUCAUGGCCCGCGGGACGGCCAACUUUAUGGCCUACAUGCAACUCGUGUGGCUGUCGUCCAUAUUCUACAACGCGACUCUCGGCUUCAUCAAGAUCUCGGUGCUGGCGCUCUACAUGCGUCUGGGCGACCGGAUGCUGCGCAGGCUGGCCAUGAUCAUGAUCGGUGUCAUCACUUGCCAGGCGGGCGGCAACGUCUUUGCGUGCAUCUUCCAGUGCUCGCCGAUAGCUGCUGCCUACGAUCUAUCGAUCCCGGCGGAGAGCAAGCGCUGCAUCAACAUCAACGCGUUCUACCUGGCCAACGCGGCGGUCAACAUCUUUACCGACUUGUUGACGUACACCCUGCCGAUCAAGCUCAUUAUCAACCUGCAGGUCUCGAAGCAGCAGAAGAUUGGCUUGUUUGUCAUUCUGUGCCUGGGUCUUUUCGCCUGCAUCUCCUCGAUCAUCCGAAUCACUUUUAUCCCGCAGAUGCUCGUCAACCCGGACGCGACAUGGGUCAUCUCGGACGCCAUGUACUGGUCGGUGAUUGAGAUCAACAUUGGCAUCCUGGCCGCGUCGAUCCCGUCGUACAAGACGAUUGCGAAGCGCUACGCGCCCAGACUCCUCGGCACGUCCUCGAACGGCGGCUCGCGGUCGCACAAAAAGUCGUCGGGCGGCAGCGGGCUGUACAAGCUGUCCGGCUUCCAGAAGAUCAGCAACAACAAGAGCCAGACCCGCAGCGGCGGCGGCGGCACGGCGCGCAACACGCACCACGACUCGACCAUCAUGGACCUGCGGAACCUGGACACGGACAGUGCCGAUGGGCAGCACCGCCGCGAGGGCUCGUCGGGUGGUGGUGGUGUUGAUGGUGGUGGUCCGGGCAAGAGGAUGAACCCGCACGUCAACACACGCAUCGAGCCGACCUCGAAGCUUGAUCUGGACAACAGCUCUGAGGAGGCGUUGUUUGCGCCAAAGGGAAAGAUCAGUGUCAAGACGCAGAUCACCACUCAGUACGAAGGUUGAUGUUUGAAGGUUGCAAAGGUCGCAAAAGAUCAUGAAAUUAUUGGAUGGUGUUGGUUUUCGUUUGGCGGCAAAAGGUUGGAAACUCAUGCGUGUUGGUACUUGAAGAUUUGUCGAUAAUCAGGAACGUCCUGGAACGAGAUAUCCAGCUGGCGACUAAGGUCCAGGACUGGACAUGGUUGAGGGAGUAUGGUCCGGGCCAUCUCUCUCGUUGAGCGCGUAUAUAAUGUUGAGGUGUUACAUAUCAUAUGGACAAGCAAGUCAGUCAAUACUUGGAUUCUCAAGACGAUCGUGAACACGGAAUUCAGGAGAAGUCCUCGACUUGGUAUGCGGGCGUGUCGAACAGUGCUCGAAUUGAAUUCCAUACGGAUUCUGACUCUGA